CGAAAAUAGUUGUAGGUGCGAGAAAACCGGUGGAAUGGAAAAGAUUGUUAGAGAAGUGCUUGUUUCAUGGAGAGAGAGAGGGUGUUGGAAAAAAAUGACUUUGUAAUAAAAAAGAAGAAAGAAAAAAAAGAAAGAAAGUGAGAAGGGAAAUUGAAUUCCCUUCUUCCUUUACACCACCACAAUUGAUCUCUCCCCUAAAAGGGUGAGAGGGAAGAAAGAAAUUUAACAACAGAACCAAAAAUCUUGAUGCCAACGACAACAAUAACAACACAUGUUAAGUUUUUGCAAAUUUAAGGAGACUUCAUUGCAGAAGGAACAUUGUCAUUAGUUUUGUUUGUUAGGCCAUUAUGACUAUCAAGAGUAAUAAUGUUUUGGCCUCCUCUCCCUCCCCUUCUGUGGCUGUCUCACUCGAACCUCCCAGAAACAGAAGGCUUUAUCAAGUUUGGAAAGGAAACAAUAAAUUUCUAUUUGGUGGAAGAGUAGUCUUUGGCCAGGAUGCGUCAUCUCUUUUUUUGACGUCGUUCUUGAUCGGAGGACCAGCAAUAACAUUCUGCAUACGAAUGAUGUUAAUAAUCAAAGAUGAAGAUACUACUUUUAACCAUCUUGUACUUAUUGGAGGAUCGAUCCUCACAAUUUGGGUUGAAUUUUAUGUUUCUCUUCAUGACAUCUGGUAGAGAUCCAGGAAUUAUUCCUAGGAAUACACAUUUACCCGAAUCAGAGGAAUCAUUUUGCACAAAUACAUCAUCAAUGGAAUGGGUAAACAAUAAAACCCCGAACCUCAAACUACCUAGAGUGAAGGAUGUGAUAGUUAAUGGCCAUACAGUGAAGGUGAAGUUCUGCGAUACUUGUUUGCUCUAUCGUCCACCACGCGCUUCGCAUUGCUCUAUUUGCAAUAACUGUGUUCAGAAGUUUGAUCAUCACUGCCCUUGGGUUGGUCAAUGUAUUGGAUCGCGUAACUAUCCAUUCUUCAUAUUGUUCAUAUCAUCAUCAACCUUGUUGUGCAUAUACGUCUUCUCGUUUUCUUGGGUUAACCUUCUUCGACAACAAGGUAGAUUGUGGUCAUCCAUGUCACGCGAUGCCCUAUCGGUUGCUCUCAUUGUAUAUUGCUUCAUAGCCGUUUGGUUUGUCGGUGGCCUAACCGUGUUCCAUCUUUACUUGAUUUCCACCAACCAAACAACUUAUGAGAAUUUCCGGUACCGCUACGAUAAGAAGGAGAAUCCAUAUACAAAAGGAAUAAUGGAAAACUUCAAAGAACUUUCUUGUUCCAAGAUACCAAAAACAAUGAUCAAUUUCAGAGAAUGGGUUGCAGAAGAGGAAGAUAUUCAAGACGAAUCCUUUGCUUCAGAUCUCGAAAAAGGUUUUAUAAGCUCGAAACAAAAGUUUGACAUGGACAUGGGAGUAUACGGAAAGGACGGAAUGCGAGUUCCCGGUAUUUUACAGGAUUUGGAUUACAACGGCAUUGAGGAUCUAAAGAAAAAGAAGCCGGGAGCAAACGACACCUCAUUUGAUAUCUUUGUUCCUUCUGAUCAAGAUUUAAAAUUUUCUCAAUGGAAAUCCAAAAUCGAAGUCAAUGAUCAAGAUGUGAAGAAAUAGCUCCUUCAAAAUAGCAUUGCUGGCUCUUUAGAGACUAAGGUACCAUUUUGAUGUUUGCUUUGGUCUCUAUGUACAUACAGAAAAAACUUAAUGAAUGGGGUGUGGCUUGAGAAAAGGGUAAGUGUAGUGAGUUGAUUUAUAAUGGAAGUUGUAAAGGGAAACAAAAUGGUAUGUCUCAAGGAAAACUCAGAUAUUCAUUAUUCAAAAUGGAGAAAAAAGUUGAAAAGUUACAAAAAAUUGGACAUGUUCACAUGACUGAAGGAAUUGAAUUAAUGUAUGAUAGACAAUGCUUGUUCUUUC